GAGACCCUCCGCGCAGGGAGCUGUGCGGGCGAGAGACGGCCGGAGGGGUUGUCCCGGGAUUGUCCCGCUCUGUGGCCUGCAGCGCGCACCGCGCCCUCCAGUUAAGAUCCGGACCGCACAACCCCAGCUAGAACGCUCACUUUCUAAAGGUCGUUUGGGAGCAGCCUGUAAUCGCAUCACCCCAGGAGGCCGAGGCGGGAGGAUCGCACAUUCAAGCCCAACCGCGGCAGUUUACCCACUUAGCCACAUGCUGUCUCGAAAUAAAAAAAUAAAAAACGGGCUGCGGAUGUAACUUGUUGGGAAGACCCUGGGUUCAGUUCCCAGUACCGAGGGAAACAGCCGCUGGGAACCCGUGCCUCGGAGACUUGCAUCUCGGCUGCCUAAUUCCACAGCUCAUGCUACUGCUGGUCGUACAGCAUUCUGCCAGGCAGUGCCAGUCACGGGGACCACUUCCUGGACAUCUGAGACCCAACAGAGGGCAUAGGGCGGUGCCAACCGGGCCGAUAGAUUGAGCACCAAAGGAAGAUGGCGUCUGAGGCCGAGCGCCGUCCCCUGGGAGUGUUCGAGUGCCAGCUCUGUGGCCUGACGGCGCCCUACAGCUACGUGGGGCAGAAGCCCCCCAACACCCAGUCUGUCGUCCUCCUGGAGGAGAGCUACGUCAUGAAGGACCCCUUCUCACCGGACAGGGACAGGUUCCUGGUCCUCGGUGCACAGUGCAGUGUGUGCGGCAGGCUGGUGUGCGUGGGCCCGGAGUGCAGUCUGUUCUACUCCAAGAGGUUCUGUCUGCCCUGCGUCCGGGAGAACCUUGGCGCCUUCCCUGCGGAGAUCCGGCAGGACCUGGAGAAGAGGAAGGCCCCUCCCUCCAUGAGGUCCUCGGGCCGGGCCUGUCCCGGGACCUGAGCUCAGGGCCCACGCAGAGCCCGCUGUGGUGCCUGCCUGUUCCUGGGAGCAGAUCUGUGGCUGAGCAGGCUGGGCGCCCCAGGCGUGGCUGGCCAGGGGCAGAGCUGUGGCCUGGGUGCCUCCUGGGUAAACCAUGCUCCGAGGUCACCAUGGGUGCGCGUGGGGCAGGUGCAGAUACAGGGCAAGGCCCGUGGGGUUGGCCUGCGAGGAAAUUGGUGCCAGCAGUCAGCUUGGCAGGGGUGGGGAGGGGCUCAUGUCACACCCUUGGGAGACCACAGCAGCGGUCCCAGAAGGCUUCAUGCCCUUGAAAUGCUAACUGUGCUAAUCUUGAACUCAGAGACCUGGCUAAUGUUCUGAGAAGCAAUCCUUCCACCCAGCACUUGGGAGACCUGAGGUCCCCGCAGGCCCUUUGGGUGGGCUGGGAGUGGGGAGGUUCCCUGCGGACAGCCUGGGCGGGGAUGUCCCCAUGGUGGGUAUGACAGUCCCAUGGCUGGUCUAGCUCAGCUAGACCAGCUCCCUUGUGUGUCCCCCAGUCCGGAGUGCAUGGGCCUCCUUAGCUUGCAAUCCCCCUCCCCCUCUCGGGCGCAGCCCCCUAGCUGGCCAAUGUCCCUGUGGCCCUGGCCCCGCACAGUGGCAAAUGUGGGGUCUGUAGGGAGCUGUGUGUCUGCUCAGCGUGUGCUGAGGAGCUGCUGUUGCACUUCACGAUCACGGCGCGGUCACUGUCCUGUCUGAUGAAAAUGGAUAAAGAGCUUUUUCUUGCAA